CCCUGGACAGGAGGGGGACCCGGGCCGGGUCACGGAGACGGGAGAGGAGGCCCCGGAAGCGGGAGGGGAAUGGUCUGCAGCCUCCGGAUCCCCCAUCCCCGGCCCCAGGUCCUCGGCGCCCCGCGGUGCCCAGGCCCAGCGCGGUGUCCGCCGCGUCGGUUGCAUCUGCGGGUUGCCGCCUCUCUUCCGGAUGCCGGAGCCCUCAAAGCGAUGGGGUGACCAGCAUAUCACUUAUUAGAGAGAGGUCAGUUGCUCGACAGAAUUAAACAGGAAAUUGCCUAAAAUCGAGAAUGAUGGAUCCAUGUUCAGUUGGAGUUCAGCUUCGUACCACAAAUGAAUGCCAUAAAACCUACUAUACUCGUCAUACAGGUUUCAAGGCUUUGCAAGAAUUAUCAUCAAAUGAUAUGCUCCUACUUCAACUUAGAACUGGAAUGACACUUUCUGGGAACAAUACAAUUUGCUUUCAUCAUGCAAAAAUUUACAUUGAAAGAUUUGAGGAUUUGCAGAAGUCAUGUUGUGACCCCUUUAACAUACAUAAAAAGCUAGCCAAAAAGAACUUGCAUGUAAUUGACUUAGAUGAUGCCACUUUUCUGAGUGCAAAAUUUGGCAGACAGCUUGUACCUGGUUGGAAGCUUUGUCCAAAAUGCACCCAGAUAAUUAAUGGAAGUGUGGAUGUUGAUUCUGAAGACCGGCAGAAAAGAAAACCUGAUUCAGAUGGAAGAACUGCUAAAGCUUUGAAGUCCUUGCAGUUUGCAAAUCCAGGAAAGCAAACCGAAUUUCCUCCAGAAACUGGUAAAAGAGAAAAAAGAAGGCUUACAAAAAGUGUAACUUCUGGUUCAGACAGACAAGUGAUACCAGCAAAGAGUAAGGUCUAUGAUAGCCAGGGUCUCCUGAUUUUCAGCGGAAUGGACCUCUGCGACUGCCUAGAUGAAGAUUGCUUAGGGUGUUUCUAUGCCUGCCCUGCCUGUGGUUCCACCAAAUGUGGAGCUGAAUGCCGCUGUGACCGCAAGUGGCUCUAUGAGCAAAUCGAAAUUGAAGGAGGAGAAAUAAUUCACAAUAAACAUGCUGGAUAAUUUGUAGCAUUUCAUUGUAGGGUCUUUAAAGUACUUUCUCUAUUUCUAAAAUUCUGUCAUUCUCAAAUACAUUUUAAAGUUGAUUGCCAAAUGACAAAAAUUUGAAAACCACCUCAACAUGCACUCAACCUGCGCUAAUAUUGUAAAUUUAGAUGGGCUAUUUCAGCAGCCACUUAGAACCUUUCUGGGGCAAUGUAAGCAAGUAAGGCAUAAGCAGUCCUCAAUUUGCACAAUUCCCAAAGCCACAAAUUCCGUUAACAAUGAUUUCAUUGAAUAACACCAGUUCCCUAACAGUACAGUUAAAAUGUCAGUUACCAGUAUAUGUUAACCGUGAGUAAAGUACAUGAAGUAGUCACUGUGAAUAACAUGUAUUUUAUGACUAGUGGCCAAUCACAUUACUUCUCAAAUUCUGCUGGAGUUUGGUCACUGCACAUCUGUUAAUGAGUUCACUUUUAGACAGCCAAGUAUACAGGUAUAUUUCCUUGUCCCACAUGUGACAUUUUAUAAAAGUAGGUAAUGAAAAGAACUGGCAAGUAAAUGAAAAAUGAUGCCAGACAUAUUGAGAUUUGAGGUGAGCAUUAAUGGAGUUGUAGAAGAAGUCGCUGAUCAUAGGAAGGUUGACAGCGCUGUUUUUUAACCUAGAGCCUCUGGAUAUGCAGCCAGAGAAAUUUAGUGGCCGCAGACUUCCCAACAUAAAUGAGGAAAGGUCUUGUCCUGGAGGAAGUGAUGUUAGAAACUUCACAUUAAAGGAAAUUGCAGAAAUAUUUUGUGAUAUUCAAAGUAAAAAUGCUGAAAUGAUAGAAACUAAGCCAAACUGAAAGGAGAAUGGCUAUUUUCUGUGGUAUAAGUCAUUUGACUAAAAAAAGCAAGCACUGUUCAAAUGACUAAUUUUUUACAGUGAAAUAACAUGAAUUCUCAAUCUUCCUAAUGUUUCAAGUUACAGUGUAUUAAAUAAAUGCUUUUAUAAUUUUUCCAUUUAUAUUUUAACUGAACAGAACAAGUAUCAUUUUCCCCAUUGUUUAUUAAGAAAGUGGCCAUUUUUUAUGAUCCUAUACUAACAUGCAAGGCAAGUACUAACUUCGAAAAAUGCCUACUUUAGGAAAAAUUAAUUUUGAUAUAGUGGUUGAGUGCUAAACCAUUUUGGGAAUAAUCCACAUGUCUAUACUAAAAUAUGCCAUUUCUUCUCUCCACUUAACCUCUUCAAAUGUUCUAAUAUGUCUAAACCUUUCAUUAUUUAGACCAUAUUCUUGGUGAAAAUGUGUUCUUUGUCCCAAAAAAAAUCCUAUUUCUGUCUAUAAAGCAAAAAUAUAUGUAAGUAUAUAAACAGAUGUUGAUUGCAAUUAGAGGACUGAAAAAAAGACUCCUUAAGGGAAUAAUAAUAACAAAUAGAGAAACACUGUUGAGACUAUUUGGAAAUUGGGAUUUGUAUGGGUGUUGUUUGGAGGAUGGGGAUGGGUGAUAACUUCACUCUGCUCUUUAUUUUUUUUAAAACAGCUACCUGUUCUAAAUCUCUCAUCAUCUAGGAUACUGUCACUAAUCUAGGUUUUUGUCUUGUCUUCCCUAAAUAUAGUACUUUAGUUGAGUCAGAUGAGAUUUAAACAACUUGAAAUAUUUUUUAGCCAUUGAAACUGUAAACUUAUACAGCCAGUUUUAUUGACCAAUAGAGGUUUAUUUUUAUUUUUGUACUCUUAGUAUCUUUUUAAAAGACUAGUUUUACUUUGUUGGAAUGCCAUUUUCAACCAUCAUAUUAACAGUCAUUUUUAAGAUAUAAUUGUUCACUGACCUAGUUAUCAAAAGUGCAGUUAAUUCCUUCAUUUAAACAUUUCAACAGAGCACUGGCAAAAGAACAUUUUAGCUUCAUAUGCUUAAUGACUAGAUUUUUUUAAAGAAAUAUGUUCUUAUAAAGGACUUAAACAUAGACUCCAAUUUUGUCUGAAUUUCCAGGAUCAUUAGACCUUAAUUGCAUUUCUGACAGCAUUUCUUAGAGACUGUUUAAAACAGAAAUAUCUUUUCAACAAAAUUAAUGACUUUAAAAAGUUCAAACAUUUUAACUUCAGCAUUGCUUAGUAGAACACUCUUGUGUUAUUUUCAAAGAUGGUAAGUUUUUAAGGGGAAAAUAUUUUGAAAACACAUAGGCUAAUAUAUGUUUAUUGUGCCUAUUUAGGGGACCAAGUUUUUAAUGAGCAUGCAAAAGGUUUGUAGAGAACGAUAUAUCUGAUUUAUGUCACAUGUCUACUUACUUUUUUUUAAUUUCAGAAAUUCAGAAAACAAUAAAAUAAUCUAGACCCUUUUGACAUUUUGCAGAUGAGUCAAGGUGGCUAAAUUGUUUUAGAAUGCUAUUACUCCUUUAAAAAGCAAAAAUAAAAGUUAACGUUUAACUUCUGUUGUAUGCUACUCCUGGUGGAGGAGUUAAUAUAAGACCACAAACAUUGAUCUUACACAAUGUUUUGGCCACGAAUGUUAAAAGUAAAAAUGUAUGCAUACUGUAUAUUUGAAUAAAAUAAAUGGCAUCCCAUAUGA